AUGCUGCGGAUCCUAUGUUUGGCACUCUGUGGCCUACUGACCGGCACACGAGCAGACCCUGGGGCGCUGCUGCGCUUGGGCAUGGACAUCAUGAACCAGGUCCAGAAUGCCAUGGAUGAGAGUCACAUCCUGGAGAAGAUGGCAGCUGAGGCAGGCAAGAAACAGCCGGGCAUGAAACCUAUCAAAGGCAUCACCAAUUUGAAGGUGAAGGAUGUCCGACUGCCUGUCAUCACACUGAACUUUGUACCUGGAGUGGGCAUCUUCCAAUGUGUGUCCACAGGCAUGACCAUCACUGGCAAGAGCUUCAUGGGAGGGAACAUGGAGAUCAUCGUGGUCCUGAACAUCACAGCAACCAACCGGCUUCUGCAGGAUGAGGAAACAGGCCUUCCCAUGUUCAAGAGCGAGGGCUGUGAGGUCAUCCUGGUCAGCGUGAAGACCAACCUGCCCAGCAACAUGCUGCCCAAGGUGGUCAACAAGUUCCUGGACAGCACCCUGCACAAAGUCCUCCCUGGCCUGAUGUGUCCAGCCAUUGAUGCGGUCCUGGUGUAUGUGAACAGGAAGUGGGCCAACCUGAAUGACCCUAUGCCUGUGGGCAAGAUGGGCACUGUCAAGUAUGUCCUGACAUCCACACCUGUCACCACGGCUAACUACAUUCAAGUGGACUUUAAUCCUGUGGUGCAGCAGCAAAAGGGCAACGCCAUCAAACUUGCUGAUUCUGGGGACACCCCUGAGUUCCCUGAGGGUUAUGCUGAAGGCUCAUCACAGCUGCUGCUCUCAGACGCCUUCCUCACGGCAGAGCUCACCCUGCUGCAGAAGUCCUUUGAUGUCAGUGUUCGGGAUACCAUGAUUGGCGAGCUCCCCCCACAAACCACUGGGACACUGGCUGGCUUCAUCCCUAAAGUGGCUGAGGCCUACCCCAAGUCGAAGCCCUUGGUGACCCAGAUCAGGAUAAACAAGCCUCCCAAGCUCACCAUGAACACAGGCAAGAGCCUGCUUCACCUCCAUGGCACUGUGGAGAUGUCUGCUGUUCGGCGGCGGGGCAAGCCUCCAGUGUCUCUCUUUGUCCUAGAAGUUCACUUCAGUCUGAAGGUCCAGUACUCAGUGCGUGAGAACCGGCUGCAGAUGGCCACCUCUCUGGACAGAUUGCAGAGCCUGUCCCGGAAGUCCUCAUCAAUUGGCCACUUCAAUGAGAAGGAUUUAACUGUCUUCAUCACUGAUUAUCUCCAAGAGGCUUAUGUCCCAGUCGUCAAUGAUGAGCUCCAAGUUGGGCUCCCACUCCCGGACUUCCUGGCUAUGAAUUACAACCUGGCUCAGCUGGACAUAGCAGAGAAUGCCCUGGUGCUGAACUUGAAGCUGGACUGA